CACACUUGACAUUUUAGCCAGACGACCUAGAAAAUUUUAAUCUUUGCAAUGACGUUUGUUUAAUAUUUUGCCAAAAGUCUUACAAACACAAUUUCGAAUACAACAAUUCCCAGUUUCGACGAAAUAAAUCUAUUUGCAAUGAAAUGUCGUUGCGUGGAAGGGUUCUGGAAAUAGCCGAGGUGUUGCUCAGGGUGCCACCAUUGUUUGUAAUCGACGAAAUUCUAAGUGCUGGCCAUGGCUACUACCAAGACCUUUUACCCAACCAGGAUCUAACAUAUUUUGUAGAAAAAAGUGGUAAAAUCGACAGUUCGAUCGCCAAUGCAACUUCGUUUUUCGAACUAAAUGCCCGAUUCUCAAAAUACUUCUUUAUAUCUGUGAUAAAGUUGCUGAUUGGAGCACUAGGAUGUAUCUCAGCAAUGUGCAUGUUCGUUCUGAACACCAAACACCUUAUGGUAGUCUACCUCUAUCUAAUGUCCGUUGGAUUGGUGAUGGCAUCAUACAUGACAAACAUGCGCACAGUCAAAACUGUCAUGACCCACGUAGACUACCCUAACGACACGACCGUCGCUCCUCUACAACAGUUUGUCUACAAUUUCGAUUUGAAACAGAUCCUACAGGAGCGAGGAUGGAUGUACCAGGUGAUCGAGAACUACGUCCUACAAACCGUUUUGGCUCUUAUUUUUAUUAGUAUACAUUUGGGACCGAGAUGGUCCAGUGUACAAAAAUUACUGUCGGUCUCGUUCCUAAUCCCGUCAUUUUUCUCAGUGCUACCAGUGUCCCAGAGUUUACUUAGGUAUAGUCCCAUAUUUUCCGCGCUAUUGCCUAUAUUUAUUAUAAAGUUUGUGUUGUGGUCCUCGUUUAUGGCCAUUUCGAAUUCGCUUUACUCAGGUUAUGUGCAAGCAAAGACCUUUAUAUCGAACUUCGGAGUUUCCGCUCUAGUCGAAAACGAAUGGCUCAGAUUAAACGUCCCGGAAGUACUUCGAACCUUUUGGGUGCUCAGAACCAUCGAACAUGCCGCCAUUUUUUAUGUGAGCGGCGAGUGGGAUAAUCCUCCCGUUGACGACAUUAACUCUCCAUAUUUUAGACUUAUGAAGUAUCUCCUGGUAACUGGUUGUGACACUUUAACAGCAGUACUGGGGCUAACUAGUGUAGUUAGUUAUAUAUGUAACUAUGUAGGCAAAUUCUUUCAAUGGGUAUUGCUUACAGAUGACGAAAAUGACAAAAACUUCGGUACAGUAUCGGCCAUAGUAUUCUAUAUACUGGCCCUACAAACCGGUCUGACAGGUUUAGAGCCUGAGAUUAGGUUUGUUCGGCUCUGUCGGAACUUUUGCCUCCUUUUCACCGCACUGUUGCACUUCACACACAACAUAGUGAAUCCUUUGCUCAUGAGCCUUAGUGCUUCACACAAUCCUUCUGUAAGAAGACACGUACACGCGCUUCUCGUAUGUGCGCUUUUGGUAUUUUUGUCUAUAAUGCUAAUGUAUUUGCUAUGGACGACCCAAGAAACUUCGACAUGGCUCCUAGCUGUUACAGCCUUUAGUAUCGAGGUUAUUGUAAAAGUGUGUGUCUCUCUCUCAAUAUACUGCUUGUUCCUCUACGAUGCUAGAAGAGAAACCUUCUGGGAAAAGCUCGACGACUAUAUUUACUAUAUAAGAUCCUUCGGGAACACCGUGGAGUUUUGCUUUGGGAUUUUCCUGUUCUUCAACGGAGCCUGGAUCCUCUUAUUUGAGAGCGGCAGCACGAUUCGAGCCGUAAUGAUGUGCAUCCACGCCUAUUUUAACAUUUGGUGCGACGCGAAGGCCGGAUGGUCAGUUUUCAUAAAACGACGCACGGCGGUGAAUAAAAUCGAGAGUUUACCGGAAGCGGAACCGGAACAACUGGAAAAACUAGACGACGUUUGCGCCAUCUGUUAUCAGGAAAUGCAAAGCGCCAAGAUAACGAAGUGCAAGCAUUUCUUCCACGGGGUGUGCCUGAGGAAGUGGUUGUAUGUGCAAGACAGGUGUCCGCUCUGUCACGAGAUUUUGCACUUAAUCGAUAACAGUGAGGAGAAAAAGGAGGAAGAGCAGCCCCAAGAUCCUCCGCCUGGGGAUGAACCUCCUCGAGAGGAACCUCCCGAUGGGGAGAGAGUGGACCAACACAACAGGUGAUAAGACUUAUUGUGAUUUGUAGGUUAAUCUUAAGAGGAAAUGGGGUUGUUUAGGAAGCAAAUUUACGAAUGGGAUGAUUUUGGUAUUGGCUUUGGAAAAAUCGCUUUAUUUUUUUUUAUUAGGGGAGUUACUUUUUGAUAACGGCUGGAGUGAGAGAUUUUACAUGACAAAUUCAAGGUCUAGGUUUGGUUUUUAAGUUAUUGUUGAAAGUGGGAUUGUGUUAUCAAAAAUUGUAUUUAGUCUAGACCUUUAAUUAGUUCCUUUAAACACUUUAAAUAAUUUGCAAUCUUCCAAAGUAUCUUGUUGACUUUUUUUUUGUUAUAGCGUUUUAAAAUUUUGUAAAAUUAGUCAACUAGUCCAAAACCAGUAAAAUGACUGGCGGGACAUCAUAGAAUUAGUACAUUGGUAUCAGAGAAAAACAGAUUAAAUCUAGUUAGAUAUCUUUUUAAAGGGUUCUUACAGGGUGUUUCCUAAUUAUAAAAAGAAAGUUUGCCACUGUCUUGAUAAGUGAAAAAAGCUUUUUUCAAGGCCCUUAUAUGAAAUUUUAGUGAUUUAGAGUGUUAGUCCUAGAUCGCGCCAUACUUUUCUUAGAAGAGUAUACAAUUGCCUUACUUAGAGAUUAUAGGGUCAAAUGUCCAAUCAUUGCUGGACGGUUAUAUUCGAACACAUUUUAAUUGUUCUGUCUUUAAUGGUUUUAGCAGACAAUGGAAACUCUUUAAUUCUUUUCGGAAUAUCUGCUUUGUUCUUAUAAUUCCGAAAUAGCUUCGGGUACUUUUAUAAAAUAAUUUUUCCUGUAUUCGUCAUUUUUCCCUUACCAAUCUCUUGACUAAUAACAAAAAGUUGCCAUAUUAAUAUCGCUGCAAGAUUGCAUCAACCUGGAGAAGCUGCUUUAGAUCGGCACUAUCUGGCUUCUGAUAUUCACCUUAUCGUUGUAGGACCUUUUUUGAGUAAAUUCUUGAAAGAAACCGUUUUUGCGUAUUCUGUGGCGUUAAAAGUCUCAAAAUCCUACUGACUGCACCAGAUACGUUUGGGCCGAGGGAUGCGACGUACUUCUAACCACUUGGUCAACAACUGGUAAAACAACUGUUUUUAUAACCCGUAGUUGACCAGUCUUUUUUCUGUGUUUCAUAUUAAUGAAAAAUAAAACUAAAAUAUUUUAAUUUCUAAACGUUACUGGGCAUAUUGAUACUAAAAAUCAAUAUGCUCCUAAUAAUAUCAAAAUUCUUUUUUUUAGCUGAGCAACGAAUAUUAAAUCAAAACCGCUUUUACUCUUGAUUAUAAGACACACCCUGCAUAGAUACAUUUUUUUGAAGGCAUUUAUUUUGAAUGCUUUUACUUUUUAUGUAAAAUUUAUUAGGAAACAAGCCUAGAUAUUAAAUUCUUAGCCCUAUAUUUAAAUAUUGCAUAAAUAUUUGUCAAACAAAUAAAUUACCUUGUACAGUUUACAAAAUAAGAGGCAAGUUAGCUAAAAGAUGCAGGCUAUUAGGGUUAUUUACUGGCUAGUGAUUUAACUAUUGUAAUAUCUUAUAGGGAAUUUGAAAAUCAUUUUUUAGCAUGUAUUUAUAGCUCUUCUCGGUAAACUGUUGUAAAUACUUUAUUUUUUCAAAGUCAAUACGUGGUAACAUAUUUUUCUGAUGGGGCUUAGGUUAGUCUCAAAAUAUUUAUUAUUGUAUACAUGUGCUUGGAAAUAUUAAAUCGAUGGAGGACAACUUACCAAUUUGGAUGUUCGUUAGCACUUAACUGCUAACAAAGAUAUAUUAUUGUAUUUGUAUAUAAGGAAAGUUUGUACAGAAAUGGCACCACAUUAGCUUAGAAAGACUUUAUUCCGACUUAAAUUUCUUAAAAAGAUUAAAUAACAUUCUCUUUAUAUAAACAUGAUUUUUUUUGUUAAUUAUUUAUUAACUGGCACUAUUUUAAAUAUAUUAUAUAAUUUGUAAUAAUUAAGAGACUAUUAUAAUUAAAUUAAUUAUUUAAAUUA